UAGAAUCGCAGCCCAGCAGCGGCAGUUAGGGCCAGAGCUCGUCGGGGGAGCUGGAGUUAUUGGAGGAGAACAAUGAUGGGUCCCAGACGGGGGGUGCUGAAGACGGCCAUGGAGCACUAUCUCUAUUCCCGCUCCCGGACCGCAGAUGAGCUGCUGGGGACAGAGGAGAAAGAAGAGGUUAGAAACAGAAAACGAUCACCAGCUUUAGCACCCAAUCGGCUCCUGGAUAUUCCACUUGGGGCCAAGCUGCCUUUGCUACCAGGCUCCAGUACGCUGUUCUGUUCCACCCAUUUGGGCAAACAGCUUUAUCAACCUUCUAGUGGUUUCGAUCUUGGUGAUCCUUUCUGUCAAAUAAUGACAAUGAAAUAUACGAGUCUUCAUAAUCCUCAUUUGCGUUCCUACUACAAGCGCACAGACAGUCUACGGAGAUUUAAAAGAGGAGGCUAUGUCACCAAUGAGAACAAAAAAACACUUGAAAAACAAGUGACAAAACGACAAGAACCCAGUCUGCUUCCAGAAGGAGGUGACACCUGCCACUUUGGGGAGUGGCUGCUACGAGAAGAAAGUCCAAAUUUACACGACCCAGAGGGGCAGAUGAGGAACAGAGAUUUAGACAUGAUUAAUAAGGAAUUGGAAAAAAUCAAGGCCACUGGAGAAGAAAACGGACAUCUUCAAUGGGCUGAGGAAGAGAAAAAGCAACAUGGCCAAAACAAAAAGAAACAACUUAAUCUUCGUAAAAAAAUGGAGGAGGUUAGAAACAAGACACUGAAAGACACAAGACAAAUAUAUAUACUUACACCACACCUUAACGAGACAACUGACAAAUAUUUAAAGUUAUUAGCAGCAUGGAAAAAAAAAGAAAUGUUACUUCUGCUGAAAAUUGGAGAUGAUGUUAAACGAGAAUCGAGAACUGAACAUCUACGAAGGAAAAGCAGAGAAGAGAAAGCUAAAAAGAAACAAGCAAAGCUAGAGAAAAAAAUGGCAUUCCACCUGAGAAAACUGCAUGAGGAUGGUUAUCAAAGUGAAGAAUCUGAAAAUCCUGAAAAGGGCCAGGAAGCUAAUGCCUCUAGUCGCCCUUCAGUUAAUGGAAAGAAAAUCUUACUUUCUUCAAUGGUCUCUCAACAGCCUUUUGAUCAGAUUGCUAAUAAUAUCACAAACAAGAAAAGAGCAUAUUUUCAGAAGAACAGAACUGAAGACGUGAACAGUAAAAUUCAGAAUAUAAUGACAUGGUUCCUGGCUGAAGUAACAAGUAUCUUAUACCCCGCUGUAACAAAGUACGAAGAGAGAAUCAGAGCUAAAACACAUACGACAGCUGCAGGAUCAGUACUCUCUUAUGAGAACUCUAGUAGCUGCAAUGAAGAGAUCAUUGAUGUGUUUGGAAGUCUUCCAUCCUCCAAGAGCAGAAGGGUCAUCUUUACAGACACAGGCAUAAAACCCACCAGCUCAUCAACUGAUCACAAGACCGUGACAGGAGGGAAACCAACUCCACUACUGGCUCAAAAAUCACCUUUCACACCUCUGACAAGGAGCACACAGGUGACUCUAGAAAGUGAGUUCCACAAAGAAAAUAUUCACAAGGGAAAACCAGCAAAAACACCUCAGUCUCAGACUGAAAAUAUUUCUAGUCUGCACAGGAAGGUCGUGAGCAUGGGAGCUAUAGCUGAGUUUCCCAGAAAGAACUUCAAAACAGAGAAGUUUCCAUUUAGCCAAACUUAUUCUAAACUUGAAUCGACAACAAAAGAUGCCAAUCCAAAAAAAUGUCUGACUGAUGGGGAUAUUUCUUCAGCCUUAAACCAAAGUCUUCCUACAGAAGGGAUUUUCAAAAAAUUAUUUGAGCAGCAAAGAGGAACAGAAGCAAAUGGCAUUGAUAACUUGAAGAUGCUGAAGGUGGCUGAGAAUGUUGUCAAGGACAUUUUUAUAAGGGUAAAAGAUCUGGAUCAUUCUGUUUGUAUUUUAAAGAAGGCUCCAAUUGAGCUUAGUGAAAGAUUGUUCUGUAGUAAAUUUAAAAGAACCGAAUCUCCAGGGACUUUUCAUAAAGAUUUCCAGAAAGAAAUUGGAUUAGUUGCUAGAGAGAUUGUAGCAACUGUGUUUGAUAACUUCCACAGGUGUUUGGUGUCCUGCAUAUCCACUGCAUCCGUUUCAACUAGCAGAGUUUCCAAAUCAGAAAAAAAUAGAGUCACGCAAUCUGAAUUACCUGUUUAUGACCCACACUUUUUUUUGGCUUCUAUCGAUAAAAUAGCCAAAGAGACGGUUGAAAGUGUUAUAUUCACACUGGAGUCAUUUGUAGCCUUUCAAUUUAAACAUGACUUUAAAUGUAAAUUUUCUGAAAUAAUGAGACUCCCUGUUGAAAAUAGGUCUGGUGCACAACAGAAACCAUUCUUAAGGCCUCUCUCAACUCAACUAGCAAAUGAAAUAGAAUUAUCAUCUGAACAUAAAGUGCCUGGAACUACAAAUAAAAGAAUUCUGCCCACAUUAGAACCCUUUCAUAGUUUUUCCGACAUAUCAAGGAUUAGCAGUGUGAUUACCAGGGAAAGCAUACAGAAUGCAAUUUGCCAAGUCCAAAGACUCCAUUCAGAACUGAGCAUUUACGCUAAAAUUGCUGUUACCAAAAUUCUGGAAAUCAUCAAGUGGAAACCUGAAAAAGAAAUUAGCCAAAGAGAAACAUCUCCAUUUAGUGACAUCUCCAAAGAAACCAUCAUGGUAAGUGAGAUAACUGGUGCCAUAUUAGAGCAAUGCAGUCAAAAUCAGAUGGAAAUUACUUCAGAAUCGAAAUUUGGAAAUCUUCAUAUGGAAAAACCUCAACAAGCAUUUGGAAAUAAUAAAAUUCCUGGUCAGGGUGUUACAAUGUCAGAAGGAAUGAAAAUGUCUGCUAAAAAAUUAGAAGUUGAUUUAAGAGAAACCUUUCCACCUAUCAGUGUUCCUGGCAUGGUGAUUAAUUCAGAGGAAAAAACAGAAAUGGAAAAGGAAAUUCCACAUAAUCUUCCAACUCUCCAGUGUAACCAGUUCUCCGCACAGGAUGCUCCCACUACAUCAGAGAGAAUCAGAAAGUCUAUUUUCUACACCACAGCUUCCAAACCAAGAUCUUCUAGACCAGCACUAGAAACAAUAAGAACACUUAGCUCCAGGAUGACUCUACCCCCAAUUGGAAGACAAUUUGCAAGAAAGUCAUUCUGUAAAAUAGGCAUAAAGAAAUCUCCCAAAGGGGAAGCAAUGCAUAGGUCAGUGCAUGAAGAACAUGGUGAGUUUCUGCCAUCCUGUGAAACUGAGAAUCAGGCAACACAGUCACAGGAUGGUAUUAAUUCUGCUGGUUUUUUGAAAGAAAUGUGUAGUGAACUAAUAAGCAAAUUAAUCACUUCUUCUCAAAACAUAGACACCCAGGACAGAAAGACAGCUGACACUGAUCCUUCUCAUGUGAUGACAAAUUUAAUUGAUUCAAUGUUAAACGAGUGUUCAAAGUCUCAAGUUAAGGAGCUGCCACUGUUGGAGAGUCCGGGCCCUCCACCACAGGUUAGCACAUUGGCUACUAAAAUUAUUCACUCCAGUUUAUGUGACAUUUUGAAAGAAUGUGGUCCUGAAGCCUCAGAUUAUACAGACAUUAAAAGUGACCACAGUGCUUCAGUAGAAACAUUAGCUACUUCAAUAAGGAGAGAAGUUAUUGAUUACCAAUUUCAGGGACCAUUGGCAAAAGCAUCAUCAUCUACUAUAUUUAAGCCUCUAGAAUCUGGAUUAAUUGCUGAAGAGGUUUUACAGAAGGCUAACAAACUCAGCACACAAUGCCAUACUUCCACCACACAUACUAUUAGGGUACCACAUGGAUUUUUAGAAGAUAUAAUUACCAAACUGUUAUCUAAAAUUCUCCCUGAACACUCCAACAUGUCUUCCUCUGCAGAAAAGGAAAAUCAGAUUGCAGAAUUUGACUUUAUUCACAUGAAGCUAGUAAGUAAGGUUAUGACAGAAAUAUCUAAAGAUCAGAAUUUGAUUAUUCAGUAUGUUAAAUGUUUGCAUCAAGAUGGCGAUGUCAUUAUUCAAACAGUUGUAGAAUCCGUGUACAAUAAGCUUUUGCCACAGUUUGGAUCCCAGUUAACAAUACAGAAGUGUUUAAAAAGUGGGUGCACAGUUCUUUCUGAAGCAAUAGCUGACUUGGUAUUAAGAGAGAUCUCAAGGAAUCAAUUGCAGAACUUUUUUUCUGGAGAAUUAACACCUCACCAAUGUGCUGAAGCAGACAAUGUUGUUGAAGAUAUGCUUAGAGAUCUCACUGAACCCUCGGAUCACACAAACCCCAUAACAUCAGAUAUUAGUGAAUUAUCUUCUCUCAUCAUAGAAGAACUUUCAGCUAAACUUUUACAUAAACUUUUGUCCAUAUUUCCCAUUGUGGACUUGGAUGCACAAAAUAUUUCUUCAGUGAAGGAUGUAACUUCCAAAAUAAUGAAUUCACUGCAAGUGCUCCUUUCCAAAAAUCAGAUAAAUACUAGUGAAAAUAUCAAUGAACCAGACUCUUUACAAGAAGAAGACAGCAAAGCUACUGGAGAGGUCAAUUCUGUUUAUACGCGCAUUUUGAAACAAUCUGACUCUGAUGUUUCUAUUCACAAAGAUAUAACAAACAAGAAUGAUGUUUUAGCUAAUAGAAUAGCUUCUUUAAUGGUAAGUGAUACUUCUAAACAUGAAUUUCAACCCGUUUUGGAGGAAGAGUCACCACCCAGUUCACCGUUAAUGCUGGAGGCUGUCAGUAUUAUUAAAAAGAUUCUUACCAAUAUAGAGAUGCCAAAACAUCCCUCGCCAUCACAUAUCCCUGUGUUACCAGUGAUGUUUGUGGAAGAAAUAUUAAGUAGAUUCUUGUCUAAAAUCUUAAAGUCAACUCACAGCAGAAGCCCAGAAAAACGAAGUUUAUCAAAGACUGAAGUGAAUGAAGUUGCUGGGAAGCUGAAACAGUCCAUGGAAAACCUAAUGUCCAAAAAUAAAAUCAGUCUUGUGGAAGCAGCAGGUGAUAUGGCAAAUCCAGAACACAACGAGACUCUUAAUCAAGUGGCUCAUGCUAUUUACAAUAAUGUCCUGCAAAAAUCUGGAUCUCAGCAAGACUUUUAUGAUAAUGUAACAAGUUCCAGAACAAAUUUUCCUCACCAAGUAGCCAGUAUAAUAAUUAACGAAAUCUCUAAUUGCCAUCUAGCACUUGCUUUUAAAGACAAUCCACCGAUGGUCAGCCAGAGCGCUAUAGCACUUGACAGAAUUGUUGACAGAGUCCAUGCACAAGUUUCCCUUCAUACAGUGCCUGUGCCAGAAUGUUCAAUCAGAGAUGAAAAUGCAAAUGAGCAACCAACAGAAACCUGGCUACCCAUUAAAAUAAUCCCGUAUAUUGGAAAUAAAGCAUUACAAAUAGAUCCGGACAUCGUGUCAGAACAUUUAGCAGUUAUUUCCAUAAAAACAGAGCCUCUUGAGGAGCUGAAAAAAGCAUGCUUCGCUUACACUGGACUGAGUAUAGCAGACCUGAGAAGAGCAUCAGUGGCUGGGAAGAGUCUUGCAGCUGAAACUAGUGGAGCUGAAGAAAAGAGAAAAAGAGAAAGACGUCCCUCUCUGGAUGUGUCAGGACGGCUGGAUGUAAAACCAAAGGAGCCUGUCAGCAGAAAUUCAUUCUGGGACAUGUUAAAACCUGACAUAGCUAAAGUGGAGCUUUUAAAAGAUGUAGAGAACCAGCAGGACCUUAUCAUGCGACUAGUAACCCAUGAUAUUGAGGCAAAGGUGAAGCAGCAAGAGGAGGAGGAAGAGGCAGCUUUUGAAAAAAUUUUAAAAGUAGAAUCCUCUUUGAUUUUUGAGAGCCAAUCACCCCCAGACGCAGCAGGGAGAGAGGACGUGGCAUCUGCUCGUCAAUUGGAGAAGCAGCAAUAUGAGAGUGAAGCCUCAUUGCCAGAAGUCAGGCCAAGCACUAGCAGCCAGAAGAAAUUUCUGUCUUUGAGCAAGUGUUGCCAAGCUUUAUCAAACUCGAUUCCUGAUGAUAUUGAAGAUAUCGUCAGAGAAAUAAAAGAUGACCAGGAUAAUCUGAGCCUUCUCCCUUCGGCUAGUACACAGGAUAAUUUAAUUGCUCCCCCAUCAACUGGGAAAGAGGCUCAAUACAAGAGUGUGAAAGACACAAUAUUAACUCACGGUCCCCUCCCUGACUUGGAACAGAGAGUCCUUGGCUCAGCCUCGAGCACAGAUGUGUCUGCUCUAAACAAGGACAGCAAACAUUUAAGUGAGAGUGCUGAAGAAACAUCCUCUGUUCCUGUGGCACAGGACAAAGGAAUGUAUGUUAACAUGCACCAAGCUCGGGACACAGAGGACACUUCAGAGAUUUUUGAGCCCCUGCCUCACUGCAGCAUAAGGAAAUGGGUGCUGAUGCCAUUGAAGAAGGAGCCAGCAGAUCAGGAAGAGGAAGCCCCUCUGUAGGCAAACAGCAGCAGGGCAAUGCUGUUUGCAGGAGGGGUUCACGCACAACAGGAGUGAUCAGGAAGGAAGGGCAGAGGAAAUGUUCGGCGGAGAAUGGACAGCACUGGGAGCAGGGAGGGAGAAGAAUGGAGAUGGAUCCAUGUCUGACUUCAAAACAGAGAUCUUUAUAUUUGAUAUAAGGGGCUGAAAUUCCAAUUAGUGACUCACGCUUCACCCUUGGGAAUGUCUACACUAGAAACUUGAGUCAAUCUAUAUUAGUAAUUACUACGCUGGCUGAUGUCCACACUACCCACCUUCUAUUGGUGGUGUGCAUUCUCACAAGGAGCACGUCCACCAACUUUAAAAGGGCAGUGUAAGGGGCUGAAAGCCCAGGCUCUCAGCUCCCCAACUCCAGGACCUGGGGGGCAGCCCGACUGGGACCCAGGACCCAGGGGGUAAUUGGGCUUGACUGGAGCCCCCCCACUUGCCCUGGCAUGACAGCCUGGCUUUCUUGUCAAUUUCAUGGCUCCAGCAUUGACAAGAAUGACAGCCAACAGUCAAUGUAAAUAACUUUCAGUGUCACCCUAACGACACCGACAUAAGCCCAACGCCUCUCGUGGAGGUGGUUAUGAUGUCAGUGUAGUAAGGCAUUUACAUCAGCGGGAGCAAGGUUGUAGACUGGACACUGACAUAAUUGUUGACCAGGCCGUAGUUAUUCAUGACAUCCUCAGAAAGCAUGGAUGGAAUGACAGUCCUCCACCCCCUUUAACAGCUGCCUGAUACUCAUCCUGCAGCUGCAUAACCCUGGAGAGCAGGAACAAAACAGACAUACUCUGACUCUCUUAUUCUUCUCAUG